GUGUAGAAAACACGCCCAAAGUUCAUAGAGAUUUUGUUUUUUAUGAAGAGUUUUCUUUAAUUUUACGGAUAUCACUCGUAAACUGAAAUCCUGAGACAUGGCUGGCUGUUGUAAUACUAUAGCAAGAGGACUGCUGAUUCUGUUCAACAUCAUCUUCUGGCUUUCUGGAGCUGCCCUCCUAGGUUUGGGAAUUUGGUUCAAAGUUGACAAGAACGUUAACUCUUACUUUGAUGUAGUUGAUGUGGAUACGGAGGACCCGUAUUUUGAUUAUGCAGUUUACGUCCUUAUUGGGUUUGGAGCAUUCAUUUUCCUCGUAGGAUUCUGUGGCUGUUGUGGUGCUAUCAGAGAAAGCAAAUGUCUCCUAGGAUUUUAUGUUUUCUUUUUGAUCAUCAUCAUUGGAGGAGAGAUUGCAGCUGGUGCCUUAGGGUUCAUUUAUAAAGACAAGGUGGAAUCAAAGGUGGAAGACCUCCUUAUGGAAACCAUGAGCAAGUACAGAACCAGUAAGAACAUAAGGAAUGCCUGGGACUUUGUACAGAUUGAGCUGGAGUGUUGUGGAUCAAAUGAGCCUGACAACUGGAACAAAUUCAACAUAACAUAUAAUGCUGAGCUGCAACCUUUUCCUGCAUCAUGCUGUGUACUGAGGGACAAAGACAAGGCCAUUGAUAACCUGGACAGUGCUUUGCCAAGAGAUGCUACAGAAUGUUUUAAUAAAACACAAAAUUAUUAUCAGUCAAAAGGAUGUGUCACAGGAUUGAAAGACCUUAUAGCAAAGUACAACUGGAUUAUAUUUGGAGUGGCCAUUGGAAUAGCUGCUCUUGAGGUGGUUGGAAUUAUUUUAGCUAUCUGUGUUUGUCGAGAGAUCAGCAAGGAUUGAGAGAUUUCAGAACACCAAACCAUCAUAGUGUAAUCAUAUUCACCCUUAAUCACAACAUAUGUACACUGCAGCUUUAAAAGAACAAGGAUCUGAGUACAGUCUUAAAAGUAUUCCACAGGGUAGUAUUGUAAGAAGCUUUAAGGGUUUCACCACCUACCAAAUAUUGUUUUUAUUUAAACAUUUAUAACCAAACCAUAUACUAUUUUCUAUCAUGUGAACUGUUAUUUAUGUAUAAACAUCAAGUAAUUCUUUUAUCUAUUAAGUAAAUACAUUUUCUUAAGCAUUUUUGUUUUGAAAUAUGUAUAUGGACAUGUAAAAGGCUUUUAGCAGUGAUUUGGAAAUGUAUCUAGCUACUGAAUAAAUUAAUUGAAAUGCUUUAAAGUACCCCAUAAUUUUUACUGAAAAAUAGUAAUACAGACUUUUCCCUGUGUUUUUUUUUAUUUAUGAACCAAUUUUGUAAACAAACAAAAUGUCUUUUAAAGGUAUAAUGAAUGCUGAGUGUUUUUAUUCAAAGUUGUUGUGAUAUUAUUACAUGUAUUGAUAUUACAUUCUUUCUUUGCUGACCUCUGUUGAAAUCCUUGAACUAAUACAUAACAGUGACAGUGUCUUAGUCUACAUUACUCGGGAAAUACAGGUUUAGGGUGUAAGCAUGUUUGGCAACACAUUGGAUCACAGUGUAAUUCCUGAGGGGUAUUCCUCAUGUCAGGGGUAUUCCUCAGUCAGGGGAAUUCCUCAUGUCAGGGGUAUUCCUCAUGUCAGGGGUAUUCCUCAUGUCAGGGGUAUUUCUCAUGUCAGGGGUAUUCCUUAAUCAGAGGUAUUCCUCAUGUCAGGGGUAUUCCUCAGGUCACUUCUGAUGUAUACACUUUGCCUGCUUAUUGAGCAUCUUGUAGGAAAACAUAGUGUAUUCAUUUUAAUAAGAUAUUUUACACUAAGAUAUCACACUGUUUUGAAAAUCACUCAUGUUUUGAAAGGAAAUAUAUAUACUUUUUUGUUUUUAAAUCUUUGUUGGUAGACUGGUAUUGCCAGUUAGUGUAGAUAUUAGUGCCUUUAUAGAAAGUUUCAUAUAUACACAGUACUUAAAGUUAUCUGCAUUCAAAGUUAUUUUUUUAAGAAAUCUUAAUAUCUACUCUAUUUUUCACCAAAUAAAUAGUCUGAUCAGGAAAUUAAUUUAUAACAAGAAUGUUAUGCAUUUAUUAAAAAUAGAAAAAUUAAAUUUAUGUCUGCGAUUUUAUUUUGACCAAAAUAUUUAUACUGUGUAUUUAGCAGAGCUUUAGAGUAUUAUUUUACUGAAAUGCACUUGUGUAUAGAUUGUUGUUGUAAUUAUACAGGAAAAGCUUUAUCUUUGCUGGACAUUUAAGCAGAUUGACAGGAAGUUUUAGUAAAAAAAAAAAAAGAACAUUUUGGAGAAAUAUUUUAGAGGAAGGUGUAAAAAAUUUUUUUUUGCUAAGUUAGAAGUAGGAUAUGGACAUUAAGUCAAAUAAACAUAUACACGUAGCCCUUUUGUUUAUCUUACAUGGUGCCCCCUUUUCACAAAUGGGGAGAUAGUUUUUUAGCAGGAUGUAGUUCAUUUUAAUACAGUUCUUUUGAAAUGCUAAAGUAGUCAAUACUAAAACACAACUUAUUUACACUAUUUACAUCUGGCUUUGUAUCUCAAUCCCACUCAGCAGACAGAAUAGUCUCUACUUAUUUUACUGUUCUGGAAGACUUCCAAUACAAAGUCCUUUUUCUCUUGCUCUAUUGUUGGUUGUGGAGCCUGUUAACUCAUGUUUCUUUGAUGUAAGUUGUUAGAGUUGGAAACUUGGUCAUUAACCUGCUGAAAUUGGUCAAUUUUUGCUGACUUUACAUUCAUUCUUUACAAGAAUUAAAGUUCUUUCUGAAAUAAAAAAUCCAAUAAAAACUUUUGAUUGAGUUUUUGCAGGUAGCCAAUUUUUUUGUCCACCAAAUUCUAGCUAAAAUGUCCACACCUUUAGAAAUUCUGCUCAAAUGUCCUGCGCCGAGCUUUAUUGCUUGUGUAUAUGUCACGAAAUUAAGUCAGGUUGUUUGUAAAUUUAUAUAUACAUACAUUCUAGUAUUUUUAAUAGUAUUAAAUAUAUUUUAUUACAUAUUAUAUAUUAAAGAUUUAGAUCAAAAUAUUGAUUUGUUACAAUUUGUUUCUCUUUCAUACAGAGGAAAAAUAAGUGAAAUAUUUAUGCCUAAAUAUAACAUGUAUUACCUUUUCUACAAGAUAUAAUUUUUGGAGUUAUAAAGUUACAGACAUGAAUUAUGACUGAAUACUUUUAUAAGUGAAAAAAAAAGCAUAUUUACUUUUAUUUAAAGGAUUUGGAUUUGUAGAAUUGAUGACUGUAUCUGAAUGUUUAUCAAGCUUUUAUUGAAGUUAUACAGUAAAACCUGAUUACAGAUUAGACAUUGUUAUACAAGUAGUGAGUGUUUGUGUAAAAUGAAGUAAAAUUCCGCUGUACUAUUACAAAUUGAUAAUAUCACCUUGCUUAAGCAAAUCGGGGCCAUUUUGAAACAUUUUGGCCAGCUUUGGAGGCUUGUAUAAUACUUGCAUAAAAAUGUCGCCAAGUUUUGUUAACCUCAAAGUUACAUUUUUAACACUGAGAGUGCCAAGUCAAAAGAAAAAUUGUGAAAUUUGAUCUGAUUGAAGUAUGACUGUGUAUUUAUAUUAACAGAUAGGAAGACGGUCACAAUGAAUGAUUAGUAAUGAUAAGAUAUAAGGAAUCUUAAUGAAUCACAAAGUUAUGUAUUUUGUAACAAAUAAUCAGAGUACAUGUAAAAUACUGGACAUUGGAUAAAUCAUAACCAAUGUACUUGUGAAACCGUUAAUGGAAGCUUUUAGCUUUGCCAGUUGUAAUGGAUGUUUAUACCCAAUGGAAUAAUGUUCUACUAAAGGACGAUAAGGGCAUUUUUGCUUCUCUUUACAUACAUUCUUGUUUAUUUCAUACAUUUAAUUUAAUUCACAUGUACAUGUAAGUGCGUAUUUUCCUGGUACUUGUUUAAGUAUAUAUAAGGAAAGAGUUGGUCUUUUUUUCAUGUUAGUAAACAGUUCAGUUACUAGGAUUCAAUAACAUGUAUGAUGCAGGAUAUUAUGCAAAAAAAUAAAUUCUCUUUACAGACUACAACUAAUACGACAGAAUAAAAGUUAUUGUAAAUUUUUUUUUUCUAGUCUAGUCACAGUAUUUCAGAUUGAAUUAAAACCAAAUUUGCUGAUGGAAAUCAAAUUAAAACUUGACUUGUAAAAAUUUCGUUCCAUACAUGAUUUCCACGAACUGAUGUGUCUACCUCUUUAUCUGAAAAAUGCAAUCCCUCUCUAUUUUUAGAAGUGUCAAUUUUUUGUAGUUAUUAGAUUAUUGGGUAUAUUUUGCUGACUAGUCUUGGAGAUGGACAGGUUACGAGUUUCCCGUGUGUCUUUGAAGAUCCAAUCGUUUCCAUUUUCAGAAUGAGAUGGAGUUGGAACUGAGACACAGUGUGUUUUGUACCUUUAUUUGUGUAGUAUAAUUAACAAACUUCAUUGUAAUAACUGCUUGUACUUGUUUCCGCUAAAUGAAAACAAACUGUCUUAAAGAAAAAUGAAAUCUUGGUAUUUAGACUUGAUUGUAUCUAGCAUUUUAUCACAGAUUUUAUAUACAUGUAUACAUGCUUUAUAAUCAGUACCUACAUGUAUAUGUAUCAGAUAUGAAUACAUUAUACUUAACCUUUGGAUACAUUUAAAAAAAAUGUGAUACAAUAUCCAUGACAUACUUAAGAAAAAAGAACAUAUAAUCUGAAAAAAAUAAUAGGACCCCAGAAACAAAUGCUUAUUUUAAAAUGUUUAAUAAACUGUUUUAAGUUGUAUAAACAUAACUUGUUAUUGUUUAUAAAUUUUUUUGUAUGUAUUGAUAUUUCUCAUUAAAAAACAGCUUGUCCAGUAGCAAUUGAAUGAAUGGGUAUACAAAAUUAAAUUAGCUUAAAUAUUCUUCAAGCAUGUAGCAUAAUGGUUUUAUCUUUCUUGUUAAGGCUGAAUAUGUAGUCAUAUGAUUCAACUGGGAUGUUGUGGGUUUUUUUUCAUGCAUAAUACAGUAGAAUGUGGUUCAUUGAUGACAUCAAAUUGCUUAUUUUCACUGUUGUAUUCUGGUUUUAAAUAAAAAAAUGAAGAUUA